AUCAGUGUAGCCCCAGCAGUGCCACCUGUCAGUGUCCAUCAAUGCCCAGCUCUCAGUGCCCAUCAGUGCCACAUCAAUGCCACAUAACAGUGCCUACCAGUGCACAUCACAGUGCACUUCAAUGCCACAUAUCAGUGCCCAUCUGAGCUGCCUUUCAGUGCCACCUAUCAAUGCCAGUCAGUGCCACCUAUCAGUGCUGCCAAUCAGUGUCAGUUAGUGCUGCUUAUCAGUGCCAGUCAGUGCUGCCUAUCAGUGCCCAUCAGUGCUGCCUAUCAGUGCCGUCUAUAGCAGUGCCACCUAACAGUGCCAGUCAGUGCCGCCUAUCA